CGAUCCGCGCCUCCCAUGGUGCCUCGCGCCGGCUGAAUGGGGCAGAGCCAAGAUGGCGGCGAGCGCGGCUCCGGCGGGUGGCGGGUCCCUGUUCGAGUGCCCGAGCUGGGCAGGGAAACCACCACCUGGCUUACACCUGGAUGUAGUGAAAGGAGACAAACUCAUUGAGAAACUCAUCAUUGAUGAGAAGAAAUACUAUCUCUUUGGGAGAAAUCCUGAUCUGUGUGAUUUUACCAUUGACCACCAGUCUUGCUCUCGGGUCCAUGCUGCCUUGGUCUAUCACAAACAUCUCAAGAGGGUUUUCCUCAUAGAUCUGAACAGCACACAUGGCACUUUCUUGGGUCACAUCCGUUUGGAAGCUCACAAACCCCAGCAGAUCCCCAUUGACUCCACGGUUUCCUUCGGAGCCUCCACCCGUGCGUACACGCUGCGCGAGAAGCCGCAGACGCUGCCCUCAGCGGUCAAGGGGGACGAGAAGAUGGGUGGUGAGGAUGAGGAGCUCAAGGGUUUGCUGGGGCUGCCAGAGGAGGAGACAGAGCUGGAUAAUCUGACAGAGUUUAAUACAGCCCACAACAAAAGGAUCUCCACACUGACCAUUGAGGAAGGGAACUUGGACAUCCAGAGGCCAAAGCGAAAACGGAAGAACUCGCGAGUGACGUUCAGUGAUGAUGAUGAGAUCAUCAAUCCAGAGGACGUGGACCCGUCUGUGGGGCGGUUCCGGAACAUGGUACAGACAGCAGUGGUCCCUGUUAAGAAGAAGCGCCUGGAGAACGCGGGCUCGCUGAGCACGGACGAGUCGGCGUCGCGGCGCAUGCAGAGCUUCCCCUACAGCGGAGGAUUGUACGGGGGGCUGCCCCCCACCCACAACGAGGCGGGCACCCAGUCCCACAGCGUCCACGGCACCGCGCUCAUCGGGGGGCUGCCCAUGCCCUACCCCAACCUCGCCCCCGACGUGGACUUGACUCCAGUUGUGCCCUCCACAGUGAACAUGAACCCAGCUCCAAACCCCGCUGUCUUCAACCCUGAAGCUGUGAAUGAACCCAAGAAGAAGAAAUACGCCAAGGAGGCCUGGCCGGGCAAGAAGCCGACCCCGUCCCUGCUGAUCUGAGCUGGGCUGGGGAAGAGCAGGAGUCACCAACUCCAGAAACUUUUCAUGUGCGGUAUCGUCUUUUUAAAAUUUCAGUGUCCUAACAGAUGUAAUAUCAAGAUUGGAGGAGUGAAAUAUCCUUUAAAGAUCUGUCUUCAAAUGUUUUUAUAUGUCUGUUAAAAAAAAAAAAAAUACAGCUCCCAUCUCCUUUUGAACCAAAACCCCUACAGCCUUUUCUUAGCCACCACUGUCCCAGAGGUCUUUAUGCUGAGUUUGGAUCCACAAGUCGAAGGGGCAGUCACACAAUUUAUCACUUAUGGCAUGACCCUGCAGGUCCGUGUAUUUCAGUGCUGAGCUCGCUCUGGUGACACUGUUCCUGCUGGACAUGCUCACAGCAGGGCAGCUCUGUCAAGAGGAAAUGUUUGUGGGGCCAAGCCUUGCAGAAUCUCAUUGGAAGGAGUUGUAAAACUUGCAGAAUAUAGGUCAGCUUGUAUUUUUUAUGUUUUCAAAACACCACCAAUUCUCUCUUUUUUUAUUAUUAUUAUUUUUAGUUUGGCUACAGCUUGUUUUAAUUUCCACAUAAAACACUAGAUCAUCCCAUGAGUUGAGAUGGAUAAGCAACAGGAGGGCUCCUUAGCUUUGUUCUAGUGCUGCAGAAUGCAGUCUGUGGGAUGGAGACAGGGUGCAAAGGAUCAGGCAUUGUCUGCACUGUGACUCUCCUGGAGAACUCAGGGUGAAGUUAACACAGUGCAGUUUCUUUUAGACUUGGUGGCCCCUGUAACUUAAACAGUUUCAUUUUUAUUUGCAAAUGGAACUUUUAAGUUUAGAGUCUAUGAGAUUCAACAAGACAGAAAGCUGGGAAGACUGGCAUGUUUCCCACACAGAUAUUUUGGCUGCUUGGAAGUGCAGGUGGGAAUUGAGUGCUACUGAGAGCCAGAAUAGGAAUUCUCAGUGGACUUGGGUUGUUGCUCAAGCCCUUUAGUUCCUUGGGUUUAGAUUUGAAAAUGAUUCACAUACUCAGACAUAUUGUGGCUGUACUUUAUACAAGGUAAGGCCAGAGCUCUGUUGUUCUUCAGUUCACUCUGGAUUUUUGUACACACUCUAAUGCAGUUCAGCUACAAGUCACAUUCCUUUGCUGUUUGGGGGAUCCAGGAAAUGUGCAUCAGAAUGAGAGCAUGUACCUGCUGCUCACUGUGUGCAGGAUUGCAGCUGCUUGGGGAAGUAAUGCUGAGUUACUGGGAUGGGGCUGUGCUCAGUCAGCUGGGAUGUUGGAUGGUGCUGGAUCAGUGCUGUGUUUAGUGAGUUGGGAUUUUGGGUGGUGCUGGAUCAGUGCUGUGGUCAUUGAGCUGGGAUGUUGGAUGGUGCUGGAUCAGUGCUGUGUUCCUGGGAUGUUGGAUGGUGCUGGAUCAGUGCUGUGUUCAGUCAGCUGGGAUGUUGGAUGGUGCUGGAUCAGUGCUGUGUUCAGUGAGCUGGGAUGUUGGAUGGUGCUGGAUCAGUGCUGUGUUCAGUGAGCUGGGAUGUUGGAUGGUGCUGGAUCAGUGCUGUGUUCCUGGGAUGGUGCUGGAUCAGUGCAGUGUUCAGUGAGUUGGGAUGUUGGAUGGUGCUGGAUCAGUGCUGUGUUCCUGGGAUGGUGCUGGAUCAGUGCUGUGUUCAGUCAGCUGGGAUGUUGGAUGGUGCUGGAUCAGUGCUGUGUUCAGUCAGCUGGGAUGUUGGAUGGUGCUGGAUCAGUGCUGUGUUCAGUGAGCUGGGAUGUUGGAUGGUGCUGGAUCAGUGCUGUGUUCAGUGAGCUGGGAUGUUGGAUGGUGCUGGAUCAGUGCUGUGUUCCUGGGAUGGUGCUGGAUCAGUGCAGUGUUCAGUGAGUUGGGAUGUUGGAUGGUGCUGGAUCAGUGCUGUGUUCCUGGGAUGGUGCUGGAUCAGUGCUGUGUUCAGUCAGCUGGGAUGUUGGAUGGUGCUGGAUCAGUGCUGUGUUCCUGGGAUGGUGCUGGAUCAGUGCAGUGUUCAGUGAGUUGGGAUGUUGGAUACAUCAGACCCCUUUCAGAUGCCCCAGAAUCUGUGUGAGUUCUGCUCUGCAGUGAUUGCUUCUGUCAUGUCCCUGAGGUGCCAGCAGGCAGCUGCCCAGCUCACAAGAGCCAUGGCUUUGGAGACUCUGUUUCCUCCCCACACCAUCACACCCAGCUCAGACUGUUCCUUGUGUGCAUUCAGCACCUGCUCCAUGAUCCAGCUGUGCUGCUCUGUUUAAGUUGCCAUUGAUAAUUCAGCCAUUGGACAUUUGUUCUGCUCCCCAGUGCUCCCACAAUAACUCAAAAUCUUCCUGUCUUUAGUCUGGCCUGUAGGAUUUUCAUUUCCCAGCCAGUUGCUUUCUGAAGGCAACUCUUUAGGGUAGGACUAGUCAGGACAAACAAAAGUUGAGCAGGUUUCCUUCUUUUUGUUUUGGGGUUUUUUGUUUUAUUUUGGGGGGAAGAGGGUUGGGGUUUGGGAUUUUGGGGACUUUUUUUUUGCAAGUGGCUCUUUGCAAGGUUUUUCUUGACAUGGGAAACUUCACUGCUCGUUGUUUUUUAAAGCUCUUCUCCUCCCAGACUCUGAACCAGCUCUUAUUAUUUCAGAGCUUAGGGGCCACAGCUGGCCAUGAGGGGAUAGAACAUCGAGGGGCUUUGUACAGACAUUUGUACACUUGUGUAAUAUGUAAUAGGCCUUUUCACACUUCUGUUGAGCUUUUUACCUGUAACCUUUACUAUGUUGUAAAUUAAAUGCAGAUUUUGCCAGG